AUGAGUGAUCUGGUGGCGCGGACGGGCCGGCAUCAGCAGCGGUACGAGGGCGGCUACCGUCUCGUUGCCGGGUCAAUUCCUCGCCCCUCAAUCCUCGAAAUCUAAUAUGUUUUCUAUUUUUCUUUGCUUUCCCUCGCGUUCGUUUUAUGGGUGGAAAAUGAAAGGAAGCUCGAGCAGUCUCCUUCACGGCCUUUGUACGUCCUAUCGUUGUCGUCAUCGUCGCGAUUGUUAUUUUGAUCGGCUAAAUCAAUUGUUUUGUUUGUUUAUUUUGUGGACGGUGUGUGGCUCACGAGGAGACCAAGAUUAUCCUCGAUUGGCUGGUUGGUGGACUAAUAAUGAUCUGUCUCUGGGACCGAAUGUUGUGAAGGCUUUCCCAUCGCUCCUGCUUAUUUAUGUUCUACAUUCUAUCUGUUGCUUCGUCUCACUGUGGUCAAGAUGCCUUCCCCUCUGCAUAUUGAAAAUAUGUUCAACUAUUUAUUUUUUAUUUGGUUCUUUAUAAUAUAGAUGUGAUGAUUUUGUUCUCUGAUUACAAAUAUGCCUCACUAUCAUUAUAUCGGGACAGAACAUCCGGAUUGCAUUAUGUGAGGUGACUCCCCCUUAGGGUUUCAGCGGACCGCAGACGUAAUUUCUCCCACCAUCUAGUGAAGUUAGUAAGAUGCGUCGUUUAGAUAUCUCACAAAGGAUACCAUAUUUAACGUCAUUGUUAUUGUCAUCAUCAUAAACCUUUCUCCCAAAACUCGUGGAUCUGGCCUAGUACUCGGAUGGCCCGGUCGUAAAAUUUCACAUUCCAGUCAGCCAUCUCCUAGCUUCAUCCUGGUUGAAGGCAACGCUUUACUCUAAAAACCGGAUCGUUGUCAGGAGGGGAUCAUGAAAUGAAUGGCAGAGUUGAAGUUCUGUGAAGUAUCUGAAAUUUUGCAUGCUUUUUUGCAUCAUACGUUCCCUUUCAUACCAUCGGUUAUUGAUAGAUAAAGACAAUAGCUGCUUCUCAAUCCACUUUUUUUCGCAUGUAAUUUUGACCUGGAUUUGGACUACUUUGUCUGCUGUUUUUCUUCGUUUUCCGUUCACAUUCUAAGUCUAAACUGGCACCGUGACUAAGUUUCCCAACACUAAACCCAAUUGCGCUAGGACGAAUUGUUCUAGCGCGUUGAUGCAGGUAAAAAGCACAAAUCUUUGACUUUAAAAAACACAUCUGAAAAACCUAAAUUCAGUUUAACUUUUGCGUCUAGCUCGACCAGGAAUUUUCACUUCCCUUUUUUAUAGUGACAUGUUUCCACGUUGCUAACGGUCCAGCCAAUAACAUUUUCUUAUUUUAAUACUUCAAUAAAAUGAAUCUUUGCCAUGUACCAGCAUGAGUAACGGCCAAGAAGAAGAAUAUAUAUGCUCGUUCUUCCAUGAAAACCUCCCUUAUUUAUGGUUAUCUCUGACACGAUCUACUAAUCAGUCUUUUUUCUUUAAAGUGGCCUUUUUUGUAGCCAUUCUCAUCUCUCCAUCUGACUUUAGGCUUAUUGGGAAAUGAAAUACAGAGACAAGCCAAGAAAAAUUGGCUUUUGCAAACUUUCAUCUCAUUGCUCACUGGGAAUAUUGCUUUUCAACUUGAGAAAUCUCUCAUGAGAGUUUGCUACACAAUCAUGUAACAUAUUUACAUUAUCUGAAAAGAUUGCCCAAUUAGAAAUUAAGAUGAUAAGUGGGACAUCAGAAAUAUGAAAUGAUGUUCCAUUUCGGGCUGUACUCGCGGCAACCCUGCCCAUCCCGUUUCCAUUCCUGGAUCGUAUAUGAAAUAUAUCAGUGAAUUUCUCUGAUUAAAUGAUUGUUAAAAAAAAUCAUAUUUUUUCAGUACAUUUAUUGUUUAUCCAUAUUUUAAAUCUAGAUUGAUCUUGUAUAAUGGGCCCUAAAAAGUGUAAAAUUUAAAUUUAUCUUGAUCUUGUUUUCGCAGGACUUUUCCUUCAUUCUGACAUCUUUCGGGAAAUUGUUUCUGACUAUAGGACUCUAUCCAGGGAUGUGUAUGAUAUUAUUAUGGUAGAUUUUUACAGAAAUGUGACUUCCUAAGUCCAGUGCUUUGCCUGUUAGAAUGGGGUUUCUAUCAGGGGAUUCAAAUAGCUUAUGGUUCGUGCACAUGCUCUCAUCUAAUGUUGUAAGGAAAUCCAGCAAACUAGAAAACCCGAGUAAUUUCUAAAAAAAUCACAUUAAAUAGUUUCUGCAGUCCUUGUUCAUCUGAUGCAUACCGAGAAAUUCCAUCACCGGAAUAUGUACCAAGUUCUCAUGCAUGCUUUUUUUUUUUUUUCUCGAGUACUAAAAAAUGUUUGUGCAAGGCAAUCACUUGAGUAGACGUCUUAAUGAUUUCAGAAGAUCAUGCUACUGCGGAAACCAACUUCAUUAUGGCUUUUACCUGUACUUAUCGAUAUAAUGCUCGCUCAUCUCCAAAAUGUCAUGUGACGUAUUGGCUGAAAGAUCCCAAGUUGGUCUUGCUUGAUAUUUUCAGGCUCUUAGCAUAAAUAUGUAUUAUCAUUCAUUUUAAUUCAGUUUAUUCUCUAUUUUGGGGUUAAUUUAGUAACUCCCUAACAAAUCUUUGACCUCAAAUGCCUAACAGUUGCAUUCCAUAUAAGUAUCGGAAUCCUGAUGAAAAUUGCGGUGGAAAAAUGAAAAAGACCGUUGAGGUCCUUAUGAUCAACUCAUCUAGUGGUCCUGGUCUUUUGUUUCCAAAGGUAUGAUCAAUAAUAAAUCUUAUCUGGUAUUUUCUCUAUAACGUUGACUUUGCCUGAUAAUAUACAGACAUUUCUAUGCUUGUGGGACGCGUGAUAGUGAAAGAGGGUGUUGACCCAAUCUAAAUGCGCACCAUUUGUCAACGCAGGGAGGUUGGGAGAAUGACGAGACUGUUGAAGAGGCCGCUGAACGUGAAGCUCUGGAGGAAGCAGGAGUCCGAGGGGAAAUCAAGGUAUAUGAUCUCUCAACUACGAUCAGAUGUGCUCUUUUCUUUGCUUGUAUUCACAGCAUCAUGAUUUCAUGUGGUGGAUGAUCUCAUAAACCUUCUAGAGCACGGUCAGGUCAACCAUGAUUAAUCAUAUCUUUUUAAUCUUUUUCCAUUUUGAAACAGUAAAAAUAUUGCUAGUCAAACCUGACUUAUCAAAGUGAUAAGUCAACGGCGUAGAUUUUAGCUGACGGCAUCCAAAAUCCUGUGCGAAACAUCUUCAACCUCCCUCAUGUGCUAUCCCACGUUCCAGGAUCUACUGGGCCACUACUACUUCAAGAGCAGAACCCUGAAAGACGAGUUCUGCCCAGAUGGGUCCUGCAAGGCGGCCAUGUUCCCGUUGCUCGUCAAGGAGGAGCUCUGCUCGUGGCCGGAGCAGAGCACCCGGCAGAGGAAAUGGCUGACGAUCCCGGAAGCCGAAACCCAGUGCAGGCAUUCGUGGAUGCAGGACGCCCUCGUCGAAGGCUUCUCCAAAUGGCACGCCAAGAACACCGCUGACAACUGCUGA